AUGAGUGAUACCGAUACGGACGACACCGAUCUGUUGUUGAUGGUACCGCCCAACUACUACACCCAGACGGCCGAGCGUUUGCUACAAGAAGUCAAAAUGGACACAGCCGCGGCAGCGUCAGCAGCAGCGGAUGCACUUGUCAUGCCACCACCGCCAGUACCCACGACAGCAGCAUAUCAGUUUCUUCCACCCAGUAAGAAAUCGGAACUGAAUCAGAUAAAUGCUCGACUGCAGAACAUUGAACUGGAUGGCGACGAUAAGGGACACUUUGAUGUGCCAUCCGAUAUUUCCACAAUCUCCACAAAUACUGUGCGUACAACGGCGGGCACCAGGCUGCCGAAAGAGUUCCAUGGCGUGGUGCAUUCCACACCCAAGGGUGGAUCGGUGGAACCGCCAAGGCCUCGCCUUAGGGAGGAUAACAUUCUGCUGGAGAUUGACCAUUACCUGGAUGAAAACAAUACGAAUCGCUGGCAGCAGCAGCCACACCAUCAUCAGCACCACAGUGAUGAGCACCUGCGAAACUUCCGUGUCGUGCAUGAUGGACAUCCGGCAGCCACUUCCCUGCCUAGCAUUCGGAUGACAUCAACGUCGGCAUCCAUAGAAGCGGCUAGAUUACCGCGCGGUAGUCUCAGUGACAACAACAAGCUCAUCAGCUUAAGUGAUCUCUGGGGCAAGAGCUGCAUGGGGGGUACAGUCAUCGCGAACAACGCACCCAAUCCUCUUCUGUGCAGUCCCUCUCUGAAAGAGGAGCAGCUGCGUCGUCAUCAUCUGGAGAAAACUGUGCAAACGCUGCAAUCACAGCUACUGGAGUAUCAGCAGCGCAUCUCCGUGGCCAUGGAGGUGGAUCGUAGCAAAGAUGAAGCCCUAAACAGGGCCGAGCAAGCAGCAGCGAAUCUCAACUUUGAGGUGCAACAACUCCGAGACGUUCUACACAGGCUGGAGGCAGAACGGAGUGACUCACAUGGCAAAAUGGAAGCUCUGCAGCAUGAGCUGGCUCAGGCAGUCGGCUUGGCUACCAAGUUCCAAGAGAGGCACGAGAAGAUGGAGGCAGAUCUGGACAGGCACCAGCAAGAAGCCAAAGAAUGGGAUGAAAAGUUGGAGCAACUGGAAAUGCAACUCCAUGGCAGUAAGAGAGCCGAGGAGCUAUCCCAUGCAGAACUAAACAAACUGAGGGACAAAUUCGCCAAAGUAGACUAUCAGCAGGAGAAGCUUAAAGCACACAUAGAGGAGCUGGAGACGGAGAAUACCACGCUUAGACAUCAGAAGGAAAUGCUUCAAGAUUAUCAUCAAAAGCAGAAAUCCCGAGCAGAUUCUCUGGAAACACAACGAAAGUCAAUGCAAGAGACGUUGGCAAAUCUAACAGAAGUUGAGACGAACCUUAAGAAAAAGCUAGAGAUACAACAGAAAUCUAUGAAGCAACACUAUCAGCAGCAAAUGGAGAAUGUGGUGGCCAAAAAGAUGCAGGAGUUCCAGAAUCAACUGGACAAAUCCGAGGAGAAUCUAAAGAGUGAGGCACGUGACCGGGAGCGCCUGAUAGCAGAGCGUGCUGUGAAGCAACUGGAAAUGAUCAACGAGAAAAAUAACCAAGAGCUGAAUCUCAUUCAGGAGAAGCAUGACGAGGAGGUGGAACUCUAUCGCCUGCAGCUGGGCAAUGCGUCGAAGAAGAUCGAUGAACUAGAACUCAAGCUGAGUUUCUACAAGAACAAGCGCGCUGACAUUGCGGAGAAGCUGCAUGGUGUAAUGGAGGCCCAGUGGCAGCAGGCCUUGGCCAUUCUUACCUCCCCAACACAGAAUUCUCUGAUGCCCGCCAGUGACACGGACAGUGAGUCUCCCGAACUUAAUAAUGCCCGUGUCUAUCCGGAAACCCCAAGGACAAGCAAAUCCCAGCGUAGCAACAACACGGAGAAGAACAAUUUGGAUUCGGUGGGCAAACGGGAUCCUCCGUCGCCCAUGGACAAAUUGGCGGCAUAUAUUGAGCUGCUCCUUAGCAAGUCACCCAGUGAUUUUGACAAGCUCGAUGAGAUCCUGGCCCUAACCGCCAAACAGGGUUCGAAGCCAAGCAAACGCAAUGGAUGCGGCAGCAACAAAGCCCCGCCCUGGAAGUGCUGACACCCGGAGUUGCCUUGCAGAACCAAAAUUGUAUUUAGUAAUAGUCUGAUUAGCAUUUAUACAUCUCUGUAUAACCGAUUCAAUGUGAAUCAGAAUUGUAUAUGGUUUGUACUUAAACGGGAAAGUAAAUAUUUUUUGCAAAAUAUUA